AUGUCAUCAUGGCUAAAGGGAGCUGAAAUCAAUCUUGAGAUUCCCGGAGUCGACUCAGGGACUAUUAUUACAGUGAUUGAGUAUGCUUACACUGGCGAGAUCAAGCUUUCAAACGAGACCGUACAAUCCGUUCUCGUCGCUGCACAAUAUCUUGGAUGUGAACAAGUCAUCACAGCGUGUUUCGAUUUCAUGGAGUGCAAUUUGGGUUCGGAAAAUGUUCUCGAUGUCUUGCAACUUGCAGAGCAGAUCUCCCACCCCGAUUUGGCGCUUCGAGCUCGGCAGUACAUUGAUCGCUACUUUUGCGAUUUCUAUAGACUACCUGAAUGGAAAAAAGCGCGGGCUGCACAAGUAACGAUCAUUCUUGCCUCACAAACGCUGCUUGUCGAUAAGGAAGCAACAGUCUGGUCAGCGCUAAAAAUCUGGCUGAUGGCGAAUCCAUCCUGCGAGGCAAAACUCAUUCACGAAAUGCUCAGCCAAGUUCGUCUGCACCUGCUUUCUCCACAAUGUCUUCGCGAUGAUGUCCUAACCGUCGAUUUGAUUUCAAGCAACGCCCAAUGCCGAGCGUUGAUAGAUAGUGCUCUGAACCCACAUGCUAAACCAAGCCGUAAAAGAAAAAUUUCUGAGGACAGAAUGGUAAAAAUAUGCAACGAAAGUGAACGACAAGACUUAAGAUGGUGCUCACACUUGGAGAAUGACAUUUAUAUUCUUACUACAUAUGCCGAUGCUCUCGACUCUAAUUUCGACAUGGGUGCCUAUAAUCAGUGGAAACAUCUUGUUGUAAAGUUUGACCCGAAUUCAAAGAAAUGCGAAUCCAUGGCGCCUAUGGAGAGUUAUCGCCAAAAUUAUGGAGUGGCUGUCUUGGAUGGAAUGAUCUACGCACUAGGUGGACAGGACUCGAAGGAAGUUGAACGAUUCGACCCUAAAACGAACGAAUGGGAAUUCGUUGCGAGUAUGCUUUGCAAUCGUUGGUACCCGGCAUGCUCAGUUAUGAACGGCCGUAUAUAUGUGUUUGGUGGAACUCUCAAAGACGAAUCCUCCCUCAACGAAUCUUACGACCCAGAAAAUAACUCCUGGGAAGAAGUGCCCGCUAUGCAAGUAUCUCGAACCGCUGCAGCAGGAACUUGCUUUGAAGGUAAAAUCUAUAUUACUGGCGGAAUCCACUACAGCAGUCAACCUGAAGAAGUGCUUGAUUCCAUGGAAGUAUUUGACGGAAAGGAAUGGACGACAGGCCCGCCAAUGCUGAGUGUUCGAUCUGAUCAUGGAAGCCUGAUCUAUCAUAGAAAGCUCUGGAUUAUCGGCGGUGAUAUUGGCCCCGCUAAGAUCCCAGAUUGUGAGCAGUUUGAUUUUGCCUCUCAGCAAUGGACACGCGUUCAGUUUUUGAAUUUUGAACGAUCCUGCCUCGGGGUUGCUCUGUCGGCAAACCGAAUAUUUGCAUUCGAUGGGGAUAAUGGACGAGGCGACUCGUUCGAAAUUUAUGAUCCCAAAAACGGCUGGUCUUCCUCAAAUUAUACGAACCAGAGGCCACAAGGAAUACAAGUUCAAGUUGCUGCUAUUCCAAAGAAUUGCGCUUCCCUACGAUUCUAA